CUCCUCCUCUUCCCCUCUCUCUCUCUCCUCCCCCGCUGUCCCGCAGCCUUUCCCAAAUCUAGCCGCACGACGCACCAACCCACGCCCGAGCCAGAGCCAGGUCGCCGCGCCACCUCUUCGGCUUCGCCGCGCCGCCGCGAGCGGGCGGGGAGACUCCCCACCCCCGGGAGGGAGAGGGCGGUUCGUUUAUUGGAUGAGCCGUGAGGAAAUUGGGAGGAAGAAGGCGUGAUGUUUACUCCGCAGGGGAAGGGGUGGACCGGGUGGUCGACGCCGGCUCCGGCGAACCAGCGGAGCGGUGGCGGCGCUCCCGCCGCGUCGGCGCCCCUUGGCAAGGGGAAAGGGACUACUCUGCGGGUCGCCGAACUGGAACAAGAGUUACAUGAAUAUCAGUACAAUAUGGGGCUGCUUUUGAUUGAGAAAAAAGAGUGGACAGCCAAACUUGAUGAAAUCAAUCAAGCGCUGACACAGAAAGAAGAGAUUUUAAAGCGGGAACAAGCUGCCCAUUUGAAUGCCAUAUCAGAAUACGAAAGGCGGGAGGAAAGCAUGCGGAAAGCAUUGGGUGUUGAGAAGCAAUGCGUAACAGAUCUCGAAAAGGCACUGCGUGAAAUUCGUGGAGAGAUAGCCGAGGUUAAGUUUAUGUCUGAGAAAAAGAUAACUGAUGCUCAAUCCCUUGAGGCUAGUUUGGAGGAAAAAAGGUUGGAGAUCGAGGGUAAGCUUCAUGCUGCAGAUGCGAAGCUUGCUGAGGCAAACCGUAAGAAAUCUCAGGCUGACAGGGAUUUAGAGGAGGUAGAAGCUCGUCAGCGUAGGCUGGAGAAGGAGAAGCUAUAUUUUGAAAAUGAGAGGAAGGCAGGGGAGGACCGGAUCAAGCGUCAGGAGGAUUCAUUACGUGACUGGGACAAAAAGCUUAAGGAAAGUCAGAAUAGAAUUCUUGAUUUGCAGAGAUCCCUAAAUGAUCGAGAGGAGAGAGCAAACGAGAAUGACAAACUUUUCAAGAUAAAGCAAGAAGAGUUGGAGGAAGCAAAAAAAGCUCUGGAGCAUACUAAAGCUACACUCAAAAUUAAAGAGGACGACAUUAACAAACGACUAGCUGAAUUACAUUUACAAGAAAAGGAAGCUGAAUCAAAGAACAGGAAAUUAGAAGAAAGAGAGAAAAAAAUAGCUGAAAGGGAAGAAAAAGUCAGUGCAAGGGAAAAAGUUGGGCUUCAGAAGCUUCUUGAAGAUCAUAAUGUGAAGCUUGAAUCCAAAAGACGAGAUUUUGAUUUACAACUGGAGAAUGAGAAGAAAUCAUUUGAUGCAAUGUUGGUACAGAAGGAAGCUGAUUUGGUGCAGAGGGAAAAAGAUGUCAGAUCUUCGGAGGAGAAGCUUUCGAAAAAAGAACAAGUAUUAAAUGAAAGUAAGAAAAAAUUGGAAGAAUGGCAAAAUGAUCUUGAUACAAAAUCGAAUGCUCUGAAGAAGUGGGAGGAAUCACUACAAAAUGAUGAGAAACAGUUAUCGGAACAAAAGCUGCAGAUUGAAAAUGAAAGAAAGCAGGCUGAGAUGUACAAAUUGGAGCUUGAGAGUUUGAAAGCCACAGUGGUUGCUGAAAAGGAGAAAAUAUUGCAAGAGCAGAACAAUUUGAAACUUACAGAGGAAGAGAGGCAAGAGCACAUCAUGCUUACAGCACAACUGAAGAAAGAGAUUGAUGAAUACAGAAUGCGAAGCAACUCUCUUUCUGAGGAAACUGAAGAUUUGAGGAAGCAGCGUCAGAAAUUUGAAGAAGAGUGGGAGCAGCUGGAUGAAAAAAGAACUCACUUGGAAGAGGAAGCCAAGAAACUGAACAAUGAAAAGAAGAAUCUAGAAAGGUGGCAUGACAAUGAAGAAAAAAGGCUAAAGGAUAGAGAGGAUGAGUUGGACAUAAAAUACAAGGAGCAGGGGGAAAAUCUCGCACUUAAGGAAAAAUCCUUGAUCGAUAAUAUAGACCAUCAGCGUUUGGAAAAUGAGGAAUUGCUAAAGAGAGAGCGUGCUGAUCUUCAACGAAAUUUGCAGCUCCAUCGGCAUGAAUUGGAGAUGGAGAUGGAGAAAAAACAAGCGAGCAAAGAGAGAGAACUUGAAGAGAAGGAAAAUGAGUUAAAUAGGAAGAUGGACUUUGUAGAAAAUGAGCUCAAACGUGCAGCCGAAUUGAAUGAAUCAAAGAUUCAGAAGAUACUAUUGGAGAAAAAACAGCUGCAGAAGGAAAAGGAAGUUCUUGUGGAGGAUAGGCAAAAACUGGAAACUGACAAGGCAGAUAUCAGAAGGGACAUUGAUAGUCUGAACACUCUCAGCAAGAGUCUGAAAGAGCGUAGAGAAGCAUAUAACAGGGACAGGAAUAACCUCAUCGAUAUAUUUGAAAAGUACAAGGUGUGCAAAAAUUGCGGGGUUAUUAUUUUUGAGGGCUUGGAUGCCCUAGCUCUUAAAGAUAGCACUGAUAUAGAAUAUCCUAGUCUUGCUGUUGAGGCGGAUGAUCGUUCCCCCAAUCCUGACACCUUAGCCCAAGAGACCGGAGCACUUGUUAAUUCAGGUGGCCGUUUAUCAUUGUUGCAGAAGUGUUCAAGGAUUUUCAAGUUUUCUCCUAGGAAGAAGGCUGAGCAAUCAUCUGAACAGCAAGCAGUGAAGAACACAGACUUUGGUGCAAGACUAGAGGAAGCAUCGCAGAGCGAUGAUGAUUAUGAGCCAACUCCUGUCUAUCAGGUAGCCUAUAACUCAUUUGAUGCUGAGGAUCUCCCAUCUGAGAGUGGGGCAUUUGAGAAUGAAGAAUCUGAAAGGCAAGAUAUAGCAGAUGACGUCCAGAUGGAGUCUUCUCUUGGAGUUGCAGAUAAUUGUGUAGAUAUUCAUGGAACUCAAUCAUUUGAUGGCAACACGGACAUGGUGGUGGACACAACUAUUGUGGAUGUUGACCAAAACGGGAAGGACUCGGCAGUGCUUCCCGUUGUAGAUUUGGAGCCUGAAACAUCAAAACAAGGACGGCGCCAACAAAACAGGAAGGGUAGAGCAAAAGGUGGUGUAAAACGGACACGGUCUGUUCUUGCGGUAGUUGAAGAUGCUAAAGAAAUACUUGGUGAGAAUUUAGAAGUAAAAAAGGAUGAUGGCCAGGGAGAUUCAGUUACUGUGGGUGGUACACGGAAGCGGCGCUUUGCUGGAGCCACAAUCAGUGAGCAAGAUGAGGACAGUGAAGCUCAUUCUGAAAGUGUUUCACUUGGAGGGCAGCGCCGCAAGAGGCGCCAAACAGCUGCAGCAGUUACGCAAGCCCCAGGAGAAAAACGCUACAACCUCAGGCGCACCACAGUUGCAAAUGCGGCAACUGCAGCCCAAACCAACAAAAAGAAAGCUGCGAAAAAGGGAAGUAAACAGACAGUAGAGGCUACCGCAGAUGACACAGAAGGAACCUCAAAGGCUGAGGAACCUGCCACUGGGAGCAAAGGGGCCUCCCAAUCAGCUGAUGAUGCAUCUCAAUUACCCGAGUACUCGCAGGCUGAAGCUGGUGACACACAUGGCCCUGUAGAGGUCACUAGUGCAGAGGGGGUAGAUAUUGUGGAUGGUAUAGAUGCAGCACCAGAUGCGAUGCCUAUGACACCAUCAGGAAGUGAACUUGGAGCUGAACAGGAUGAUGAGGAGGACGAUGACUCCGAAAGGCGGAACCAAUCAAUUGGGAAAAAGCUAUGGUCUUUCUUCACUACAUGACAAUUGCAGAGGGCUACUGAAUAGGUUAUUUCUAGCGUUUCUGUUUUCGAUUCAUGACAUGCCAUUCUUGGAACUCUAGGUUGUGUGCUUGGUGAUGAUGAUGAUGUACUAGUAGAUUUUCCCACUUCAAUUAUGUUCUCCCCCUGUAAUUGAAAUAUAUUUGUAGUAGACAUAGCUUUGAUGGGCGCUCACAGAAGUUAGCUUUUGAGAAUGUACAAUGGCGCGAUGCCUGUAACUGUCAAGGGUUGAGGCUUGUAAUUGUUGUUCAUUUUGUUCCAGGAUCAGUUUACGUGGUUGACCACCUUGCGAAGUUUGUGGCAUUUGUCAACGCGGGAAGCUUUUUUU